AUCACUCAUCAGGUCAGUCUGUGUCCAGUGAAACUGAUUCUAACUACACAGAGAAUGUUGGACUCAUUUUAGUACCUGCUCCAUGAAAUCCUCCACAGAGCUUCUCUCAGAAGUUUGUGAGAGAACACAAAGCAGAAGCUACAGCACGUUAUCCACAGACACCAAGGCAAGAUCCCUUCUGAAGUCUCAUAUCAAAGGAAGAACAAGCAGAAUGUCUUCAAAACACAAAGGUCAUUCUUCCAGAAUGCCAGAGGAAAGUUCGCCAAAGCGGAGUCCUCAAAACAUCCCAUACAAGGAUCUGCCCCAUAUCAUCAAUGCUGAUGGGCAGUACCUCUUCUGCAGGUAUUGGAAGCCAGAAGCAUCUCCCAGGGCCCUGGUGUUCAUCGCCCACGGCGCUGGGGAGCACUGCGGCCGCUACGAUGACCUGGCCCAGAAGCUGACAGGACUCAACUUGUUUGUCUUUGCCCAUGACCAUGUUGGCCACGGGCAGAGCGAGGGUGAUCGGAUGGUUGUCUCAGACUUCCACGUCUUCAUCAGGGACAGCUUGCAGCACAUUGAUCUCAUGAAGAAAGAGCACCCCAAACUGCCUGUUCUCAUCCUGGGGCACUCCAUGGGGGGAGCCAUCUCCAUUCUGACAGCAAGUGAGAGACCCAGUGAGUUUUCUGGCAUGCUGUUAAUCUCUCCUUUAGUGGUAGCCAGCCCAGAAGUUGCCACUCCCAUCAAGGUUUUUGCAGCAAAAGUGCUCAACUUUGUGCUCCCAAACCUGUCACUGGGAUCGAUAGAUCCAAGUGCAAUUUCCCGGAACAAGAAAGAGAUGGAGUCUUACACAUCUGAUCCCUUGGUGUACCACGGUGGCAUGAAGGUGUCCUUUGUCAUCCAGCUGAUGAACGCCAUCGCCAGAAUCGAGCGAGCCCUGCCCAAGCUGACCCUGCCCAUCCUGGUGCUACACGGCUCCUCCGACAAGCUCUGCGACAUCAGGGGCUCCUACCUGCUGAUGGACACCGUGCAGAGCCAGGACAAAACGCUCAAGGUGUAUGAGGAAGCCUAUCAUGCCCUCCACAAAGAGCUGCCUGAGGUGUCUACCUCUGUCUUCACAGAAAUACUGACAUGGAUUGGCCAGAAGGUCUCAGCAGCUGGGGAAACCAGCCAUACUUAAGAGCAAUUGCAUUUGCAGCUCUUACUGGGGUUUUCUAGGAAUAGAUGUUUUUCUUACUAGAAAUCUCUUGGGAAGAGAUCUAACAUGGAGGGAUUCUUGGAAUAUUUUAUCACACACAGCUUAAGGGAGGGUGGGGGGAGAGGCACAGGGUGGGGCAUUAUUUACUGAUGUAAAUGGCCACUGCCCCAAUCUGGAGAAGAGUUGAUAGCUGUGGGAUGCCCCUCACCCACCAAACUUUCUCAGCGGCUUCCCCUUCUCUGCUUUCGCUGUGGUGACUGGGGUGUGUUUCUACUGCAAUAAUUAUUGGUAUGUAUAAGAAAUCUGUAUCUUCCACUUCAUGGUUUUGAUGCCAGGUGCGUCCCUUGUCCCCACCAUCCAGCACCUUAAAAACCCUGGUCCUUGAGAGGAGAGCACUAACAAAGGUGCUGGGUGAUGAGGAGAGGCUAAAGAUGGAGCUGACAGCUCCCUGAAGGUGAAAGGCUGAUUUUCAAGAUCAGACCCCUUUGGAUACUACCUUUUUAAGCAGACCAGGCCAGGGGAUAGAGAUGCCUCCCCCACCACCCUGCACAGCCUCUGUGAGUUUGCACUUGGGGAAAGCAUGUUGAACAGUGCUUUGAUUUUCAUCAUCCAAGCAGGAUCCCAGAGGGAAGAACAGGAAUGUGGAAUCAAACCCACUUAGCACAUUCAAUUCCCCUGCUUUUCCCCAUGUCAAACUCCAUCUCCUCUGCAAGAUGAACUAUUCUGUAAAUAUCCCUAGGGACAGGGUUUUUUUCCUUCCCCUCUUCCUUUUUUUUUUUUUUUUUUUUUUUUAAUUUUCCUUUCUUAUUUCCUUUUGGGAUUAAUCACUUGUGCUACUGAAAAUGAAAAAGCAAAGUCAAAGUUAUAAGAGAAUAUAGUAAUAUAAUAUAUGAUAUAGAGGUGGCUAGAAGCUGGGAGAGAAAUGGGAGGAGAGUAAAGAAGGAGUUAAUCAUUCCUUCUCUUGGCAAGGAACAAUGUUGUCCUACCAGGAUCCGGUCCUUUCACCAUAACUUUACAGUCAUAAUCUGUUGUUUUCCCUCAUCAGUUGGAAAAUGUCCUGAAAAUAAUGCUAGAGAGAAGUGCAGAGCAUCUGGUGGGUGGGGAGUAGCAGUGGGUGUCCUCAUGGUCCACUGGUUUAGCAGGAGACCCACAGCAUGAGCAGAGAUCCUGUCCAAGCCCAUCCCAGUCUCCUCCCAGUCAGCACUGGGGUAGAUCACUGUAGGGCUGAGCUCAGCCCUUCAGGACAUGUGGGGACUGAAGGCAGAGUGUGGAGUGUGAUCAUCCAUCCAUCCAUCCAUCCAUCCAUCCAUCCAUCCAUCCAUCCAUCCAUCCAUCCAUCCAUCCAUCCAUCCAUCCAUCCAUCCAUCCAUCCAUCCAUCCAUCCAUCCAUCCAUCCCACCUCUACCUUGUGUACUGGGCAGCCACAGACCCUGCUGAACUAGCUGCUGUGGAGGAGCCUGUGGACAGGGCCUGUGGUGCAGGUGAGGCAAAUUCUUGAGCUGCCUGAGUCUCUGCUAGCAGCAGGGUGAGAGGAGAGAGUUUAGACCCUGGAUGAGAGCAGAGACAUUGUACUGGCACAGUAAAAGCUGCACAGUGAUGACAGAGUGGCUGUGCAGGACAAUUGAUCCAGCCCUCAGCAUGAAUAUACUUCUUGUCACUAUCCAAAGGAAAGGGGUUUAACCUGCACCUCUCCCUCUGCUUUUGCAAGAAGAGAAUGCAAAUGUUGCACUAUGAGAGAGUGGGGCAUCUCCCCCAGUGACAAACCAGCCCUUACUGCCUUCCCUGGCAGCAGCAAGAAGCACCAACCACUGUGCCUUGAGCUGCUGUCCCCAGGGCUGGAUCCCUCCUUCGACAGCCAGGGGGUCACCCACCUCUUCUCCCUUUGGAAGCAGUUCUAGCAGGGUUCAGGAAAGGGACCUCUGUGCAAUAACAGCUGGAAUCAGGGCUCAGUCCCACUCAGUCCCAGAUGAAAGAUGUGUGGAUGCAGGUUGUAUCCUUGUAGUUGCCCUAAGGGGCCCAAGUCAGGGAAGCUCUUUUAUACAGGUUGAUCCAGGCACUUUGGCAUUUGUAUUUUCUUGCCUCUAAAGAGAGGAAAGAGCUGUAGUUCUCCCAGCAACGUUAGCUUUUAAUUGAAAUGUUAUUCCAGUGCAAUCAGCUGUUCUCAGCAGCCCCUGUGAAACCUCUGAUGACACUUACUCUGGGAAAGAGCAAUGAGCAGGUCACCUGCUUUCCAUCUUCCAGCAGCCUGUCUUGAGGCAACUCCUGUUGCCUGAGCAAGCUCCCUCCUGGGCAGACGCUGCUAGAGAAAGACAGCAAGAAGAUAAACACUCCAGCAGUGAUAAAUCUCACCUGCUUCUUCAGCUGGAAGGGGAAACGAGUGGGUGUGAUCCAGAGGUGACAGACACUGCGGGGGUAGUAGGAAGAUGAUGAUUUAAGGAUAGGAUUUUUGAAAGCACUUUUCUUGAGGAAGUCAGGAGGAGUAAAUCAAUGCCCACAAUUUUUACAUCCCUUCCAAAGUGACAAGCACUUUGCAGGAGGGGAGAGGGAAGUGACCCUUCAGCAGAAAGGUCAGAGCCCGUCCGCUCCCUCCAACCUGGCUUCAGGCAGAGGAACGUCCGUUGUCAGUGCCUUUGCUAAAAUGUGUCCUUUCACCCAAGAAACAUCUGCAGCUGAACAGAAAUAAAGGGAAACCAAUUACAUUGAUCUGGGGAAGACUUGUCUUUCAGUCUAUAGCUAAACUCAGCAGUGGCACACGGCCUGGGGAGGCUGUUUCAAAAAAAGAUUUACAAACAAAACCUAGAAAGAACAGCAACAACAAAAAAAAAGCCAAAUGACCCCAAAGCCAUGGCACAGCAGCAGGUAUUGCCACCCUCAGCCAGUUUUCUGAAGAGUUACCUUCUGAGGCCAUUAACACAGGGAAACCUAUCCAAAAGAAGCUGGACACUGCCUGCGCUGACCCCACAGACCCCCGGGCUGGCUGCUGAGCAGAGGGGCCAGAGCUGCUUGGCAGGGCAAGGAGUGCAGAGGGAAGGAGCCAGGAACAAAUCAGCCUGGGCCAGGUGAGACAGCAAUCUGCACAUUUCAGCUCUCUCUGCUGUUGCUGAUCCCUUCCCCUGCCUGUAAGCUCCUUUAUACUGACCUAGUUAGGUUUCACCAAGCCCCAGAGGAAUUCUUCCUUGGCUGACCAGAUUAGCAAUGAGCAGAGCAGCUGCUGAGGGAAAUGUAAUUACACUCUAUUUCCAGCUGGCAGGUACCACUUGCAGGGAGCACAGCCAGCCUUACGAAUGUUGCUGUGCAGAGCUGCACCCGAGUCUGGUCUGCCUUGGAGAAGAGGUGGCACCCGUGACUGAGCAAUAGCAACGUGGAACUACUGUAUAUCUCACCACCUGUAGCACUGAGAGGCUAUUUCCCACUGCCUAACCCACCCUGUUUUCUAUUUAGCCCGUCCUUUUUAUACCACUCACCUUAGCACACUGCCAGCACAAACCCAUUGGGAUCACAUUUCCUUUUACAAGUAAUUCCUGAGGUUGUCUCUCUUGUUCUGUUGUGUUCCAGUUCAAUAAAAUACAUUAUAUAUAUAUAUAUAUACAUAUAUAAAAACAUAUAUACAUACACAUGUAUUUUCAGUGGAAAAAACAUAUACAAGUUUAGGAUUCUUAAAGGAAUACAAUGUAUAUUGCAACUAAUAAUAAAGUUAUGUUUUCUGAA